GGCAAUUUCUUAAGAACGCAAUGGCAAUUUCUUGAAAAAACAACUUGUUGAAAAUGGCAAUUUGUUUAAUAUAUGUAAUAUUGUUUGGUAUAAUCAGUAAUACAAGAUGGUACUUGUAGAUGGAAAUUGGAUAAAUGCUUUUCGCGAAAUAAAAAUUACCGUUCAUAAUUGCCAUUGCAUCUUCACCAUAUACCAUGCUAUCUCGUACCAUUUUCCAUUCUAGACUACUAACAAGCUCAAGGCUUAGUUCUUUCCAAUUGAGGUACCUCAGCUCCUCGUUGCAAAAAUCAUUCCCCAGAGGUAAUAGGACUAGAAUAACAAGAGAAAUUUCGGAAGAAGAAGUAAAAGCAUUUCAAAGACAACAAAGAGAAUCUGCAUCUCAACAAGAAUUCUACUAUAAAGAAUCGCCUUCAUCAGAUUAUGCUCGCUUUAAUGAUGAGCCUGCUUUGAACCAUCAAGUUUUCCAAAUUCCGCCUAAUAAUAAUGGGUUGAUUACUCCAGAAGAUGGAAUUUAUGAAUUAUUAAAAGAACCAACAUUGGUUAUCGAAAGACAAGUUGAGUUUAUGAACUUAAUUGUGGGGUUUGAACAAGCAAAUAAAUAUAAAAUCAUGAAUUCUUUGGGUCAACAAAUUGGUUAUAUGGAAGAAAAAGAUUAUGGUUUAUUAAAAGCCAUUGGUAGACAAUUUUUCAAACUUCAACGUCCUUUUGAAAUUGAUAUCUUUAAUAAUUAUGGUGAUUUAUUAUUAACUGUGAAAAGAAAUUUUGCAAUUAUCAAUUCUCAUAUUAAAUGUUACUUACCGGGAGUUGAUGAAUAUGGUAAUAUGAUGAGAGAAGAAAUUGGUGAAUCUCGCCAAAAAUGGCAUUUAUGGAAACGUCGUUAUGACUUAUUCAAAUUAGAAGAUGAAGAAAAAGAAGAAUAUGAACAAUUUGGUAUGAUUGAUGCUCCCUUUCUUUCAUUUGAGUUCCCGGUUAAUAACGAAUCUGGUGAAGUAAUUGGUUCGGUUGAUAGAAAUUGGGUGGGUUUAGGAAGAGAGUUAUUCACUGAUACCGGGGUCUACAUCAUUAGAAUGGAUCCAGGCUCUUUUGCUGGUUUAGGUGAUCAAUACCCUGCGGUUGCUGGUCCUUUAACUUUGGAUCAAAGAGCCAUCUUAUUGGGUAAUGCAAUAAGUGUUGAUUUUGAUUAUUUCUCUCGUCACAGUCGUGGCUUUGGCGGUGGGCUCUUUAGCUUACAUGAUUUUGAUUAGAUUUACUAUACUUUAUAUAUAUAUGUAUUAUUUUUUUAAAUUAUUAAACUGUUGUAAUAGUUUAACUUGACUCUUCUUACGAGAUUCAUUUAAUAACUUUUCAUACUCUUCGUCGCUUAGCCCUUUAUUAAUAUUCUUCAAUAAUGCA